AAAAUUUAAAAAACAAUGAAAGAUGAGGCAAAGCCUUGGUUAUAAAAAGGAGAAACUAAGAUCCAUCAAAUAAUCAUCUUCAACAUUACACACACAAACACACACAUAGUCUUCUGGUCUGUAAAGUACCGUGAAGGAGAAGAAAGAGAUAAAGAAAGAAAAAAAAUGGGAAUCCUUUUUGAAGAAACCUUAAGCUCCAAGCCCAAUACCCAAAUUGUUAUUGAUGAUGAUAAUGAGUUGGGUUUGAUGGCCGUGAGAAUAGCCAAUGCUGCCGCUUUUCCAAUGGUUCUCAAAGCUGCCCUCGAGCUCGGUGUCUUCGACACUCUCCACGCAGCCUCUGUGUUCCUCUCACCUUCCGAGAUAGCGAGUCGGCUACCAACCACACCUCGCAACCCUGGCGCGCCGGUUUUGUUAGACCGCAUGCUUCGUCUACUCGCUAGCUACUCCAUGGUCAAGUGCGGUACGGUCCAAGCCGGCAAGGGCGAGAGAGUCUACAAAGCCGAGCCGAUUUGCAGGUUUUUCUUGAAGGAUAAUAUUCAAGAUAUUGGAUCCUUAGCUUCUCAAGUGAUUGUCAAUUUCGACAGUGUCUUCCUCAACACAUGGGCGCAAUUGAAAGAUGUGGUGCUAGAAGGAGGAGAUGCGUUUGGUCGUGCACAUGGUGGCAUGAAACUCUUUGACUAUAUGGGUACAGAUGAGAGAUUCAGCAAGCUCUUUAACCAGACCGGAUUCACCAUUGCGGUUGUGAAGAAGGCUCUUGAAGUCUAUGAAGGCUUCAAAGGUGUGAACGUAUUGGUUGAUGUUGGAGGAGGAGUUGGUAACACUCUUGGUGUUGUUACUUCUAAGUACCCCAAUAUUAAGGGUAUCAACUUCGAUCUGACAUGUGCCUUGGCACAAGCACCUUCUUACCCUGGGGUGGAACAUGUCGCUGGAGAUAUGUUUGUGGAUGUUCCAAAAGGAGAUGCUAUGAUCUUGAAACGUAUACUUCAUGAUUGGACUGACGAAGACUGCGUAAGAAUUCUUAAAAACUGUUGGAAAUCACUUCCUGAAAAUGGUAAAGUGGUUGUGAUAGAGCUAGUCACUCCUGAUAGUGCUGAGAGUGGAGACAUCAAUUCGAACAUUGCAUUUGACAUGGACAUGUUAAUGUUCACACAAUGUUCCGGUGGGAAAGAGAGGUCAAGAGCUGAGUUUGAAGCUUUAGCCGCGGGAUCGGGAUUCACCCAUUGCAAAUUCGUUUGCCAAGCUUAUCACUGCUGGGUUAUUGAGUUCUGUAAAGAAACUGUUUAAAAUCUACAAUUAUAUUCUUCUGUAAUUGUUAAUUCCAUCUUUGUUUUCAAUUCUUUUCUUAAUAUCAUACUAUAUAUUUAGGUUUGUAUUUAUAAAAUAUCAAAACUAUUGACGUCAUCCGAUCCAAAAGCUUAUCCAGAUUACUUUUUAAUUUUAUACAAUCACAAUAAUAUAAGUUUGUUGGCUGUGUCAAACUCAACACUACAGAUAUAAUCAUGUCACUAAAUGUAGACAAAAAAAAAACAAAUAAUG